UGUUUCCUGACUCUGUAUUUAAAGCGGUUUAGCAUCAAACCACAAACAGAAGCCACAUGUGCGUUCCUGUCGUUGUGUUGGGGAUGCAUCACUUCCUCACGAGUAUAUAAAGGAAACUUCUACACAACAGAAGAACAGUUUGACUUUCUACUGGAGUCGUGUCAAUAUAUAUAUAAUAGAUCAGGAUUCUUCUACACAACAGAAGAUGUUCAUGGUUUGACUUUCUACUCGAGUCGUGUCAAUAUAUAUAUAAUAGAUCAGGAUUCUUCUACACAACAGAUGAUGUGAAUGUUUCUGCACUUCACUCAUUUAUUCAAGAUGUCUACAUCAGAAGAUGACUCUGUUAUAACUCAGGAGGAGCUGGAAGAUCUUAAAGAAUUGAUAUCUACUCAGGAUCUGUCAUCAGCUGUUGACACCAUCAAACAUUUCCUCGACCAGCAAGAUCGUGUAGAACUCAAUAUUGCUGUGACGGGGGAAUCUGGUUCUGGAAAGUCCACAUUUAUCAAUGCUUUUAGGGGUUUGGGAGAUGAUGAUGAGGAUUCAGCUGAAACUGGUGAAGUAGAGACCACUAAAGAACCCAAAGCUUACAAACACCUAAAAUAUGAAAAUGUGAAAUUCUGGGAUCUUCCUGGAAUCGGAACACUAAAGUUCAAAGCUCAUGAGUAUCUUGAACACGUUCAGUUUGAGCGCUAUGAUUUUUUCAUCAUCAUCGCUUCAGAUCGUUUCAGAGAAUGUCACGCUGACCUGGUCAAAGAGAUCAAGGGAACGAAGAAGAAUUUCUAUUUUAUUCGUUCCAAGAUUGACUCCAGUAUUGAUGCUGCAAAGCGAAAAAAAAGAAUAAACUUUGAUGAGAAAAAGACGCUGAAAAUCAUACGAGAGGACUGUGUUAACGGUCUGAGAGAGAUCGGUGUAGAGGAUCCUGUUGUAUUCUUGAUUUCUGGUUGGCAUCUCAACAGCUAUGAUUUUAAUUCACUGCAGGAGAGGAUGCAGUCUGAUCUCCCACAACACAAGAGACAUCUUCUGAUGUUGACUGUACCAAAUAUCACAAUGAAGAUUACUGAGAGAAAGAAGAAAUCUCUUGAGAAAAACAUUUUAAGAGUAGCUUUUUUAUCUGCAUGUGCAGCUGCAGUUCCUGUUCCUGGUCUUGCAUUUGCUGCAGAUAUAUCUCUCUUAGUAAAUGAGAUACAAAAGUACAAGAAUGCAUUUGGUCUGGAUGAUGAAUCUCUGAAGAGGACCAGUGAAAGAUCUGGGAAGAGUAUUGCGAUUCUAAAGAGUGUGAUGAAAUCAGGAGUGUGUGAAGAAAUAACCGCUGGUUCAAUUAUAAAUCAGCUGAGACAAAGCUCUGCUUAUGUGACAGAAAGCACAGUUGGGCUUGUUCUUAGUUGCAUACCUAUAAUAGGCACAGGCAUUUCUUUUGUGUCAGUUUCAAACAUUCUGACGAAAUUUCUGAAUGAAAUAGCUGAAGAUGCCAAUAAUGUGCUGCUGGCGUCACUUAAGUAAUUAAAUCAGACAGAUGCAGAGUAUAUAGCUGCUCCAGUAGCAUCAUUUCUACCAGCAUUCAAAACUAGUCUAGAGUUCUACAUAAUCUCUCUUUUUUUAUUAUUUUUUACAUACAGUUUAUUAUAUUUGUAAUAAUCAUUAUGACUAUGAAUUUAAAAAUGUUUAUAAUAGUAUGAAACAAUAUAACAUCAGUAAGACAACCUCACAAUGCUGGAAUAAAAUGAUAUAGAUUAUAACAAAACAUACUAAGCAACAAAUAAAUGUGAUUCAUUUUUUAUUUUAUUUUAAUGGUUAUAGUUAACUUAGUUUUAAAUGAUUGUGUAACUGCUUGCUUUCACAGAACUGUACUGAUUUAUGUUUGCAUGAUCUAGUUUGUUUUUACUGAAAUAAUAAAUGAUCUGUAGUAUAAUAAAUA